AUGGCGGACAGUGGGCAAGAGCAAGAGCGCCCCGACCAGACCUCGUCCCACCGCAACAGCCUGACGGCGACAGCCCACUAUCCCACGUGGCCAGGCCCUGUGGAUCUGCAGCCCUGGCUGUAUGGUCUCCAUGGUGUCUGGAGGGACUUCAGCAGCGUCUGCCUUUCCCACAGCCUGGUCAUUGACACGUUGCGAGACGUGGACCCCACCCGCAAGUGUUACCGCAUGGUGGGUGGGGUGCUGGUGGAGCGCACCGUCAAGGAGGUCCUCCCUGCCCUGGAGAGCAACAAAGAGCAGAUCAACAAAAUCAUCGAGACCCUGACCCAGCAGUUGCAGGCAAAGGGCCAAGAGCUGAACGAGUUCCGGGAGAAGCACAACAUCCGCGUGAUGGGGGAGGAUGACCAGAAGCCACCGCCCAAGGAGAGCGCCGACGGGGCGGGAGCCAAGACCAGCUCUGCUGGGGUCCUGGUCUCCUAGGAGGAAGAACAUUGUGUCCAGGCCCCUUCCCAAAGGACUUUCUGCAUCCCUCCCCCGCCCUGACCUCUGAGGCUUAACUUUAUUAUUUGAUGUCACUGUUGUUAUAUAUAUUUUUUUUUUGUUAAAUAAACAUUUUUCUGUCAU